AUGGAAGAACUUGGAAUCCAUGACGGUGGCUCGGUGGCCAUCCAGCGGCCUUCAGCUCCGUUUGCAGAAUUGCCUAAACACGCCGGUGCCGAUGAAAAUGCCGACGUAUAUUUGAAGCUCAAGAAGUUGGAGAAAGAGUUGGAUUUGCUUCUCCUCCAAGAAGAUUACAUCAAAGACGAACAGCGCCAUCUCAAGCGCGAGCUCGUAAGAGCGCAGGAAGAGGUCAAGCGUAUUAAAUCUGUGCCAUUAGUCAUCGGGCAGUUUUUGGAACCAGUCGACGAGGACAGCGGAAUUGUGUCGUCGACCACAGGUUCGAACUAUGUGGUUAGAAUUCUUUCCACGUUAGACCGUGAACUUCUCAAACCUUCAUCCUCAGUCGCUUUGCACCGUCACUCCAAUGCAUUGGUUGAUAUUCUCCCUCCAGAAGCUGACUCCUCAAUUUCCAUCGUGGGCGACGACCAGAAACCAGAUGUCACCUACGCCGAUGUCGGAGGAUUGGACAUGCAAAAGCAAGAAAUAAGAGAAGCGGUUGAGUUGCCACUUACUCAGGGUGACCUCUACUCGCAAAUUGGUAUCGAUCCUCCCCGCGGUGUCUUGUUAUAUGGACCUCCCGGAACCGGUAAAACCAUGUUGGUGAAAGCAGUCGCCAACUCGUCCACAGCAUCGUUCAUUAGAAUUAAUGGAUCAGAAUUCGUGCAAAAGUACCUCGGAGAAGGUCCCAGAAUGGUACGAGACGUUUUCCGUCUCGCUCGUGAAAACGCUCCAGCCAUCAUAUUCAUAGAUGAAAUCGAUGCAAUCGCAACCAAGAGAUUCGAUGCCCAGACUGGUGCUGAUCGUGAAGUCCAAAGAAUCUUAUUGGAAUUGUUGAAUCAAAUGGAUGGUUUCGACCAAUCCUCCACCGUCAAGGUAAUCAUGGCAACUAAUAGAGCCGACACCCUCGAUCCUGCCUUAUUGCGCCCUGGUAGGUUGGACAGAAAAAUCGAGUUCCCUUCGUUGAAAGACAGGCGUGAGAGAAGAUUGAUUUUCACAACCAUUGCUUCCAAGAUGGCUUUAGCUCCUGAAGUCGAUUUGGACUCUCUCAUUGUCAGAAACGACCCCCUUUCCGGUGCGGUCAUUGCAGCUAUCAUGCAAGAAGCAGGUUUGAGAGCGGUGAGAAAGAACAGGUAUAUGAUCUUGCAAAGCGAUUUGGAAGAAGCAUAUACAUCCCAGGUCAAGACAGGUACUGAGCACGACAAAUUCGACUUUUACAAGUGA